AGGGCCAGGCGGCCUCUCUCUCCCUCCCUCCGACCUUCCUUCCUUCCUUCCUGCGGCCAGGAGAGGCAUGAUGGCGGCGCCCAGGCUCCUCCGAGGAGCAGCGGCAGUCCUUCCCAGACUUUGCAGCUUGGGCGCUUGGACCAAGACUCCUCCCACACUUCAGAGGCUUUAUACGACUCUUCCAGCAACAAGUCCAGAAGAAGCUCCCACUGUCGAUUAUGACAGGCUCCUAGGGGAGCCCCUGAAAAACCCUGAUUUCUUCAACGUGCAAGAGCUCUUCUCCUUAAAGGACCUCUUUGAUGCCAGAGUCCACCUGGGCCACAAGAAGGGUUGCCGCCACAGUUUUUCUCAUUCUAGAACCACCGAAAUGAAUGGGCUCAAGCAUCUCCCCACAUUUCAUCCUCACAACAACCCUGCGAGAUUCAUGGAGCCAUACAUUUUUGGGUGCCGCCUCGAUCAGGACAUCAUCAACCUGGAACAGACGAUGGUACACCUCCAGCUUGCUCUCAACUUCAUGGCUCACGUCGCCUACCGCAAAGGCAUAAUCCUCUUCAUCAGCCGGAACCGUCAGUUUUCCCACCGGAUAGAGGCCACCGCCAAGGAAUGCGGCGAAUAUGCUCACACUCGCUACUGGCAGGGCGGCCUGAUGACCAAUGCCGAUGUCCAGUAUGGGCUGGGUGUCCGCCUGCCUGACCUGAUCAUCCUCACCAACACCCUCACCAAUGUCUUUGAGCCCCACAUGGCCAUCCGGGACGCAGCUAAGAUGAACAUCCCCACAGUGGGCGUGGUAGACACGAACUGCAACCCAACCCUGAUCACCUACCCCAUUCCGGGUAAUGACGACACCCCCUCGGCUGUCGAGCUCUACCUCCGGCUCUUCAAGAUGACCAUCAUGAGAGCGAAGGACAAGCGGAGGCAGAUGGAGGUCUUGUGCAGAGGGCAGGACAAGCCUUGCUAAGGAGGCCGGAGCGGCUUGGUGGGAAACCAUCCUCCCCCUACUCCUGAAAAAUUCACUAGCUGGUCCCAGGUGCAAAAUCUGGAAGACUGUCUUGGCUACAGGCAACUGAGCCACAUUCACAGCAUGUGUUUAAAACACCACGGUACCAUUUUAGAGCCAUGGUUUCUCAAAAGAACCCUAGGAACUGUGGUUUGUUAAGACUGCUGAGAGUUGCUAGGAGGCUCCCUAUUCCCCUCCCAGAGCUACAAUUUGCAGAGUGGUUUAACAGUCAAUCCCUCUUCCCAGGGAGGUCUGGAAAUUAUAGCUCUGUGGGAGGGAAGAGGGGUCUCCUAACUCUCAGCACCCUGAACAAGCUAAAGUUCCCAGGGUGCUCUGAGUAAAUCCAUGACUCACUUCAAACGUCUGGUGUGAAUGUGGCCUGUGUUAGGUCCUGUCUAUACAUUUCAAAGCAUUCUUAACACCACUUCAAACAGCUGCAACUUCCCCAAAAAAUCCUGAGAACUGUAGUGUGUUCAGGUUGCUGCAAGAUAAAAGGAGACCAUUCUGUUCCCCCUCCCAGAACUAUAAUUCUCAAGCGUUCCCUGUGAACAAGGAUUUAUUGUUAAAUCGCUCUGGGAAUUGUAGUUCUGAAUAGUGUGGAGGGUGUCUCCUAACAGCUCUCAGCACCCUUAACACACUAUAGGUUAUAGGAUUCUUUUGGGGGAAGCCAUGAAUGUUCAGAGGGGCAAGAGAUUGCUUUAAUUGUGUGUUUUAAGCGUGGCCUCAGGUUGUGAUUCAAAGCAUGCUUGCAAGAAAGCAAAUGGAUGCAUACCACGUAUAACUCUGAGGUUAUUUUCCCAGGAAACUUCCGCCUAGAGUGCAAUAACUUUCCUUCAACCCCACAAGACAUGCCAUUCUGCCUCGCCUUCGCUGUACAUCUUGACCAGGCUUCCUCAACCUCGGCCCUCCAGAUGUUUUGAGACUACAAUUCCCAUCAUCCCUGACCAUUGGUCCUGCUAGCUAGGGAUAAUGGGAGUUGUAGGCCAAAAACAUCAGUUUUAAAGCAACAGCAGCUCUGAAGCAGGACGUGUAUCUGAAAAAGUUAAUUGUGGGAAGAGGAUAGCUUACAGCAUUUCCUAGGACAGCAGGAGUGGGAAACAUCUGGGGCCGUGCAGGUGCUUCUGACCACUGGCCACUCUGGCUGGGGCUGCUGCAAGCUAGAGUCCAGCAACAUCUGGAGGGCCACAGAUUCCCCAGACACAGCCCAGACUGUCCCAAAGUAUGGGUAGAGAGCAGUGGUAGACUGGGCCAAAUGCCUUUGCUUCUGCAUUGGAAGUUUUUUCUCUCUUGCACCCUUUUUUCAACCUCAUGUAUGUUUUCCUUAUAAAAAAUAAAGAUAUGUUUGCAAACAGAA